AUGGGGACUAAUCGCUAUCGUGGGGAUAACAUUCUAGUGUGCUUUAAUAGGACAAUUGGAACUUGGAAGGGAUUUGUAGCUGCAAUAUACUUGGUCCUCUUCGCUGCUCCGUCAACUUUUUCAAGCCAUGGAAUCGUUGCAGCAUCACCCAUCUACAAUGUGAUAAACUAUGGUGCAAUUGGAAAUGGAGUCGAUGAUGAUACCCAGGCCUUUGUGAAAGCUUGGGGAGAUAGUUGUGGAGACAGCGGAGCACGAGGAACGCCAACUUUAGUUGUUCCUGGUGGGAAGAAGUUUAAACUAUCUCCUGUCUCUUUCAAGGGCCCGUGCAAGUCUUCAAGCUUUAUCGUAAAGAUUGAUGGGACUUUAGUUGCUCCUAGUUCACCAAGUGAAUGGAAAGGCUGCUCAGCGGAUAGCUGGUUGGUUUUCCAAGACGUGGCCAAUCUCAAUGUCAAAGGAUCAGGACAAGUCGACGGCCAGGGUUCACUUUGGUGGGGUGGAGCUAAGAAUAGACCAACUGCCCUGUCCUUUUUUCAUUGCAUCAAUCUAGUGCUAAGUGGACUGCAACACAUUAACAGUCCAAAGAAUCACAUCUCUAUCAGUGGCUGUGAUGGCGGUACCAUCUCCAAUCUCCGAAUUUCUGCACCUGAAACUAGCCCUAACACAGAUGGGAUCGACAUUUCUAGCACCAACCACCUUAACAUCCAAGAACUUAAUAUUCAAACAGGGGAUGAUUGCAUUGCUAUAAAUGGUAACUCCAGCUACAUUACUAUCACUGGAGUUUCAUGUGGACCUGGCCAUGGUAUAAGCAUUGGAAGCUUAGGUGAACAUGGAAUCAGUGACACGGUCGAAGGGGUACAAGUGCAGCAUUGCACAUUCACUGGAUCUACGAAUGGAGCGAGGAUCAAGACUUGGCAGGGAGGUUCGGGAUACGCCAAGGGUAUUACUUUUGAUCAAAUCACGCUCAACGCAGUGAAGAAUCCAAUCAUCAUCGACCAAUUUUAUACCAAUGAAGUAGCUCAAGAUAAUUUGGCAUCGAGCGUGGCGGUGAGCAACGUGACGUAUACCGGCUUUCGGGGGACCAGUGCUUCGGAUCAAGCCAUCAUACUCAGUUGUUCCAGCAUAGGUUGCCUGGAUAUCAGAUUGGACAACAAUAUGAUCACAUCAUCGACGCCUGGGAAAACGGUCACUUCCUGGUGCAAGAAUGCCCAUGGAUCAGCUACUUUGACCACACCUCGAGGUUUUGAGAUUCCCGCUGUGGUUGUCAAUGCUGCUUUUGGCGAGGGUAUAGCUGACCCUCCUGAUGAAGCUGUGGAGGACCCGGUGCCCCCAGAGCCGGUGGAGUUUGAAAGAUCUGUGAACAUGUCCGACUAG